AUGGCGGUCGCCUUGUCGACAGCUGUAAGCACUGUCCUUUCGCUAAGUAAAGCAGCCUGGAAGCUAGGAAGCUCGCUCUCAAAGCUUGAUCAGGACACUAGAAUUAUCGAUACUACAGUCAAAGACCUCGCAGGGGAGGUCAAGUCGCUUGGAAAUGAAUGCGAUCUUGUUUACGCUGAGUUGGAAGAGAUAGCGACUAAGAACAAGACAGGAUCGCCGUCGCCUCAUGAUAUCGAUGUGAGGACGUGGAAUUGCCUCCUAACGCAAGUGGAGGAGACUAGUCGAACAGUGCAAGACUUGGAGCUCUUUGUCAAAAGCGUCCGAGGGGAAGAGUUCAGUUUCAUCGGGCAGGCUCAGCGCCAAAGGAAGCUGGACGAAAGCAAAGACCAGAUUGCAAGUAUUAGGACAAACGUUUGUCGGCACUCUGACAACUUUCGUAUCACGCUACUAUUGAUCAAUACGCGACUCGAGCACCUUACGCCUGGUCGAACUGAUCGAGGGUUUGCUCGGAAACUGGACAGGUUGCAGGAUAUGGCCGAGAAGCUGCAAAUGUCACCAAAUACUGAAUCACAAUCGCCAAUUUCUCAUACUGAGACUACUUUAAUGAUGUGUGCCCGUGAGGCCAUCGCCAAAGGUACCACAUGGUACGAGGAAAGUCUAGCUGCGGAAUCUGCUGCUGGAGGCCAAGGAGCAGCAAAUACGAACAUUCGUGUUGCUGAAUGGGUGAGUACUUUGGAGUCCAUAAGCUGGGACCAAAGACGUUCGGCUCCCUCAGACAUGGUCUCCAAUGUCCCAUCUGUCUUUUCUGGCGACGAAUCACAUACGCACGUGACUAGCGCGGCCUCUGCGCAAUGCGCUGUGCAGGAGCACGGAACCGUUGACGCAUCAGGGAAUGACUCUGAAGAUGAUCUAGAAACCGAUCUUGCCAAGGCCGCAUUAGAUACCGGCACGAAAGCUUUCGAAGCACAAGAAUGGGAAGAGGCCGAUUCCCUCCUUCAAGAAGCUCUUCGGGUACUACAGCAGCUUCCGAAGCAACAGCGAACAUUUUGCGACAUCUUUAGCUUACACUAUAAACUUGCUGUCUGCGCGUAUCACAGGCAAGAGCCCACAGAUGCCGAAGAAGCUCUCAUGAGCCUCGUCCAACAGUCAGCGAGCACCAAUAAACAACGCGAGUACAUCUACGAAGCAGCACAUUUGCUAUCACAUUUAUAUAUUCGCAUGGGUCAGCUUGACCGAGCACGUUCUGAAUGUGAGAAAGCCUUGCAAGCCCGAAGGCGAUUACUGGGCAAGCAGAGCGAUGCCGCGUUAGAGUCAACGGCGCUUAUGGCUUACGUAUAUAUUCUACUCAACAAUCGUCCUCGUGCUAAAUCAUGCCUUGCCAUGAUACCUGAAGCUCGCAGAGAUGCUGUCCUGAGGAUUGUCGAAAAGUCACUAGGCUUGAAAAUAGAGCAUCCUGAUUCUUCGCCGUUACUUACUCGGUCGAUGUCGGAAGACUCAGAUAUAGCAGUGACGCGCAUUCAGAGUAGGCUCAAUGCACCUCCUCUCGGCUUGCUCGAGACCCGUUGUCAGGGCUCCGUAUCUGCGGCGGUCUCUCAACCGCCAACUGCAAGUCUUUUGCAGUCACAACAUCGCGUCCCGUCAAGUAAAGCAGACUUGGGGGACCUGCAAUCCGUCACGGUGACAUCCCUCUCGUCAGCAGACGAGAGAAGCGAUCCUAGAGCCAUAGAGAAAGGGAGUACUGACGUAGACUACACAACAUUCCCGGAAGCACUUGGUCCCGCAGUCGUAGGCUCAGGCCAGCUUCCGGAGAUAGAUGAAUCCUUCAGACCUAAGACUUUGUCUCGGAAGGAGAUUCUGGAUAAGAUUGGAUGUCGACCCAAAGAUGCAAUCGAGGACGCCGUCUGUGAUGGAGACCAUUCAGCCUUCGCCAGCCUCCUCAACAGCAAAAAGGACUUUUGGCGAUCAAAGCUGCGUAAACGAGUGCGUCCCGAGCGCGUGACGGCGCUGCAUUUCGCUGCUCUUUUCGGCGAAAUCGAUAUGGCGCGGCGCCUCCUGAGCUCGAAGUUCAACAUUAACGAAGUCCCGUAUGGAUACUCCACAAGCCUUACGCCCUUAAAAUUUGCCAUUGGCGCUCGACAAGUGGAAAUGGUUGCAUUUCUGAUUGAGAACGGCGCCAAACCGUCUGACCCAGAUUCGUGGUCGACGCUAGCUGGGCAGUUGAUGAACCGCUCUUGGUUGAUGAAAACCAUGUCGGAAGCGAAGAAGGAAUUCGUUCCACAUCAGAUUACUGCAAUCUUGCAGAUCCUGCUCAAGCAAGGGUGGAACGUGAAUGCACCGUUUGAGACGUCUGGGGCGACGGUCCUUCACCAGGCUGUUGGGUUUUGGACGGGAUCAUAUGUGUGGGAUCUGAAUCUUCGCGCUGUCGUGACUUCGUUCCUGUAUGAACGAGGUGCGGAUCCAUUCAGGGCUAAUAGAGAAAGCAAAACACCUUACGAUUUGGCUUCGGCUUCUGGUCAUCAGGAUCUCUUGCUGAUCUUGGGUCGAGGCUCGAGAAUGAAAGCGGCAGGCAACGGGUAG